AUGAGUUCUAGAACGACGGAUGAAUUUACGGAUCCCAAAUUUUGGAAACGUUUUUUCGAAACAAGGAAAGCACCAUUUGAAUGGUAUGGGGACUACAGUAUUCUCGGUUCAGUCUUGGAGAAGUAUCUCAGACCGGGGGAUACAGUACUUCAGAUUGGGUGUGGUAACUCGCGUUUAGCAGAGGAGAUGUACGACAAUGGGUUUCGCUCAAUACACAGCAUCGACGUGGAUUCUGCUGUCAUAGAGGAGCAGCGAUCACGCAAUCGUAAGCGCCCCGAACUUCUCUAUGCAAAGGACGAUGCGACCUCUUUGUCUUUUGGCGAUGACCUUUUUUCUGUGGUGGUUGAUAAGGGAACGCUUGAUUCAUUACUACCUCCUCAUGCAACUGAACAACAGACAGAGUCAGUUCGAAAGAUGUUUCAAGAAGUUGAACGAGUAUUGAAAGAAGGAAAGGUGUUAUCCGCUUAUCCAAACAUUCUUUUACAGCAUCGAUUUCUACUACGUGUUCAUGAAGUUGAGAAUCGGGCUUCUAACUUCUCCAUGCCGGUAUUUGUACUUGUAGCUACUAAGCUUCGAAAUGUGGUGAACAUUCCUAUGCCCAUCGAGCUAUUUCUCCAAAGCAGUAGUCGCGUUGAAAGAAUUAAUAACCCUGACGAUCUACCGACGUUCAUCAUUUCUGAGCAAGAAAUAAGCCAAUUUGUGCACCUGUGUUCUAGGAGGCUAGAUCAUGAAGCUUCUAUUGCUAUCGAAAGUCGAUUUGAGUGCGGACCUCGAUAUCGUAUCCACAUUGUUGAUAAUAUCAAGACGGAAACAAUCCGAAGCUAUGCCGUUUUUAUUGUACCUCUAGGACGAGAAAAUGAAUGGAUAUUUUCGUCGGAAAAAGGGCGUUCUGCCUUACGCCACCAAACGGGAAAGGAUCGGUUAGCAGUCGUGACGUUGUCUGCUUUUGUUCUUGCGUUUGAACUUAUGCUUUAUUUUUUGAUUGAUUUCCUUUCCUGUGGAGAUGUAGAUGCGCGGACACCGUGUGCAUCCGGAAACUCGUUAUUAAAUGGAGAAUGGGUGGUUGAAGAUGUUGUAUCCGAUGGUCAAGAGUAUCGGCGACUUAUCUUCCUCACUAGUAGCCAUAUCGUGCAGUCCGAGACCUAUCUCAAAUGUAAUCUUUGUGAAUUUUUCAUUUUAUCUUUACGAGAGGAGAUUGCUUUGGCUGUUCUCGGGCUCGGAGGCGGAGUACUGGCUUCUUUUCUGCUUCAUCAUUUUACGAAGGCCUACAUCGAUGGUAUCGAGCUUGAUCCGGAUAUUGUAAAGGUCGCUGUACAAUGGUUUGAUCUGCCUGAAAAAGAUCCUCGUUUGAAUAUUAAUGUGACAGAUGCUCUUUUCUAUCUUGAAUGUACUCGUUUUCCAGAGGAACAUGAAAAAUUGGACGUGUUAUUCGUGGAUUUGGCUGGUCCCGUUCAUGAAUUUGGCCUUAGUUGCCCUCCUGCUAUUUUCCUUACGGAUUCCGUUCUAAGUAAGAUGAAGAGCUCAUUGAAAAAGAAUGGAAUGGUCGCGCUCAAUAUAGUAACAAGGGAUGACGAGGUGGCUUUGAAAGCGAGACAUUCGAUUGGUGUCCAUUUUCCAGUCUUGUACCAUCUACGUUCUGAACAAGAUGUAAAUGAGGUGACUAAUUUCCGAAUUUUUUUCAAUUUUGAUCCUUCUAAGUUCUCACGCUCGUUGCGUAAAGAUAUUCACUGGGUAAGAAAACUUACGCCAGUUGUUGCGAGAAUUACUCCCGUGUCUUUAGAGUCUUAG